UGGUUCAUUAUUUGGAUCAUGGUAGGUUUUGUAGUUGAACUUGGGUCAAAAUUAGUUAGAUUGAUAUUUUGCUAUUAUAGAAGAUGGUUUGUUUUGUUUUAUUUUGAAUUUUGUAUACGUUUUUGUACAACUCAUUGUCAUGUUCCUAGGACAAUAGAGGGCAAUAUUGUAAUAAAGAUACAAUACUUGUUAGGAUUACAGUAGUAUUACACAUGGGUGGUUGUAUUGCACAUGGGUGCAAUGGCUGUGAGGCUAUAAAUAAGCCAUUGCUGUAGGAGAAGAAUCAUGUUUAAAUUGAUAAUUGAAAUCUCUCAUUUCCCUCUCUUGAAUUCUCUCAAUCUCCCUCUAAUUUCUCUCUAAUCACGUCUAAUCACUCUUGUUCUUUCCCUCUCUGUUAUGUUCUUCCCUAACUUCCCCCAUAUCUCUUCCGAUCUAACUUCCCCAAUUCCUCCCCAAUUACCUCUUAAACCUGUUAUGAACCCUAGGUUUAUGACAAUUGGUAUCAGAGCAUCAUUCCUCAACAGUGUUGAUUCAUUUCCGACAGAAAACGUGGCUGUUGUCCGACUUGCUGUCCCACACAAGGACUCUCAGAAUUGGAUUCUGAUGCAAGGAGGAUUGAUUCUGGAAAUUUGAUGCAAGGAGGAUUGAUUCUCGGAAUUUGAAGGCUACUACGGAAACUGGAAGCGGCAGUGAUUCCGACAACCCCUGGCAGUAAGUCUGAGAAGAAGGCGCGACUGUAGGCAGGCCAGAGGUAUUGAAUUUCAGGAGAAUUGAAGCCGAGCCGACCAAUCCUAGGCUAUCGCGAUUUCGAAGGUAAAACCAGAACGGCGAUCUCAGUCGUGAGUCCAGAGCUAGUUCGUUGCAUGUGAAAGGGCGACUGCUGUGAGGCAAUUUCGAACGAAAAUUCCGGUAAAUAUUAUUCAAAAUUGUAAGGCGAGCAUGUGAGUCAGACGAGGAAGGGGUGUCGCUGCCGUUGUCAAUUGCGGUCGGUGAUUGGGUGCGCGAUUCUCUUAGGCUGGUGGGAGGCGAUUGUUGCUUGGAAAUUUUGGGGCACUCCUAUUCGACUUUUGAAGACGAAGACGGCCAGCGAUUGUAAUUUCGGAUUCCGGCAAAUUUCAGUGAUUCCGGUGAAGUGAUUGAACAGUGAGAUUGACUAUCCUAGAACGCGAAACAGGAGGAUUGGCGUCCGGCUUGAGAAAUUCGAAGAGUGUUGACCAAGCAAGGAAGGCGAGCUGCAGGUGGAGCAGACUGAAUUCAGGCGAAUUCAGUUUCACUGAUUCUGGCGGAGGUGGUUUCUCAGCUAUCGAUCCUCGAGGCAAUCGAUUUUCCACCAACAAUCAGAAAUUCUGAUGGCAAAUGAUAUCGGGAUGAAGCACAAGGAAUCGCGAUGGAAGCAAGUGUCGGCAACGAUGAUGGAGAGGCAAAACAGCAUGGGAUCUAUAAAAUUGGCAGUGGAAAAGAAGUUAAGACAGUGUUGCCGAUCUGUUGCAAGAGGAGAUCAAGCACAGGCGUGAAAUUGUGGAUGAAUUCAGAAAUUGGAUGAUGGACCAAUGAAUGAUAAUGUUCGCCAAACAGAAUCAGAUCCUAUUCCAGUUGGUAACCCUUACUUUACUCAUCCUUGGAACCGGAACUCCAUUGAUAAAUCUCAGAGUCCAAUGCAGGGUGACAGAACUCUUGUUUCGGAAUGGGAUGUUGGAAUAUCUAAGGCAGAAAAUGAUAAUAAGAAGGACGUGGUUAAGGAAGUAUUACUUCCUCAGGAGUUCCCUAAAAUACAGGAGCCUAAGGAGGGGUCAAAAUUGUGGGAAAAUGAUUCAUUGCCUACUUUAGAUUUUGGGCUGAAGAAGAAGUACUCUGAUUUAGGGAGCAAUGAUAAGAAGGAUGACUGCAUUAUCGGGAAUAAUUUUGGCGGUGAAAAGCAUAAUCUCAAGGAAAACUGUAACGACCAGGUUGCUAGGGCAGCAGAUCCAAAGGGACCAACUGAUCUUUUCGAAGGAGAAGCUCAUGUAGAGGGACAUUCCGGCAAACACAAAGAAAACGGAGUUGUUGAAUUGUUUGCAUGGAAUCAGGAGGUUCCAAUCGAAAAUUCAGUCUAUAUUAAGGAAGUUGGUGCUGGAACUGAAAUAAACUUAUCAAGGGUAACUCUGGAUCUUGAAGAAGAAAGGAGAUGGGAUAAGGAGAUCCGGGUAGACCACAUUUUACAAGAGCAGGAGGCUGAAGAUUUGGUUGAGAAUCAGUCUAUAAAUCGGAUUGGGGAUGGGAACUGCUGUGAAGAUGGCUUCCAUGCAGCUGAUAUGCCAGUCAGGGAUAUUGUUCCAUUGGAUAAUCGGAUUAUAAAUCAUGUUUGGGAUGAAGGUAGUGAUGAAGGCCUGGUUUCAGCCAUUGAGGAACCUGUGGGACUUUCUCGUCACUUUCUAUGCAACCAGUAUGUCCGGACAGCAAGGGCAAGGAAAUUUGAGUCCCUUACUAUUGCUGGAAAUGGUAUGUUUGGAGGUAUGUCCUUAGCUGAGAUAUCUUCUAAUGUUGUGAAGGUGUGUGGAUUUGAAAAGGAAGUAUGGGGACUUGUAAUUGAAGGACAGCUACAGAAAAGAAUUGAUUCAAGCUGUAUGGUCGGAAAUGAGGCUUUGCAUAAGUUGGACCAUGCCAAUUCUCAAGGAGGGUUACAGUGUUUUGUACCGAUAAAGCAAAAUACUGUUUCGGAAAUGCAAGAGAGUAUGGCUUCAGCAAAUAAAUUCCUAACAAGAUUUCAGCCAAGGAAAAGGGCUAAGGAAGCCAAGAGUUUUGCGGUGGAGAACAAAGCUCCUGCUGCUCUAUUCAUUCUUGCUACAACCAGCUGCUUAGAAUUUCUGUCACCUCUAUUGAAGGGAGGAUUGGGAACUGGAGUUUGUGCUGCAGCAACUCCUAGAUCUGACACUUCUACAUUGCUGCAUGUAAAGGUGUUUGCGGAUAUUGCUGCGAAGGGUGAUGAAAUAUUCAAGGACAUGAGAACCACUGCAAAUUUGCUAUGCAUACAGAGGUUUUUCAAACCUUCUCCAUCCAAGCUGUGGAAGAGAAGGAAAAAACAUACUAGAAGCUGUGGAGGUUUAGCAUUUCUUGGGGACAAGAAAUGUUUCAAGGCGGGGGAAUUGUCAUGUUCCUAGGGAAUAUUGUAAUAAAGAAAAAAUACUUGUUAGGAUUAUAGUUGUAUUACACAUGGGUGCAAUGGUUGUGAGGCUAUAAAUAAGCCACUGCUGUAAAAUAAGAAUAAUAUUUGAAUUGAUAAUUGAAAUCUCUCAUUUCCCUCUCUUGAA